AGCUGUUCCGGACGCAGUCGGCCGGAUCGGCCCCGCAGUGUGCGAGUGUGUGUGUGUGAGUGUGUGUGUGUGAGAGUGGCCUCCGCGAAAGGCGCCUUUUCUCCGCGCUGAAGUCGAAAGUCUUCCCGUGCUCUGUUGGCGGCCAGCACCGCGACCGGAGCAUCAUGUCGCUGCCGCAGCAGUUGCGAGACGAAAGUGACUUUGACCAGCUGCCUCACAACAUCCCUGUCAGUGCCACCAUCGCCGAUAUUGAGGAGAAGAAAGGCUUCAUCGACUACUUUAGGUUUGUGAUUGAGGUGAAGACUAAAGGAGGGAGCAAGUAUCUGAUCUACAGGAGGUACCGGGAAUUUUUCUCCCUCCACCAGUUGCUCGAGGCCAAAUACUCCCCCGAAGACCCCGAAAAACCCGGUCCCAAUGCCUGCAUCCUGCCCUCUCUUCCAGGGAAAGUCUUCAUCGGCAACAAGCAGGAGAUUGCGGAGAGCAGAAUCCCUGAACUCAACACGUACAUGAAGAGGUUGCUGGGUCUGCCAACAUGGUUCUUGCUCGACGAGGCUCUGAGGAUGUUUUUCUACCAGACAGACCAGGACAGCCAGCAACUACCACAAACCCUCAGGCGUCUCCGCCCCCCUACCCGCAAAGUGAAGACAGUCAAACCAAACAUGGACCUCUUCUCCUCCCCCAGGGCAGAGGUAUACGUAGAGUUCGGGGAGAGUAAAACAGAGACAGAAUUAGAAGAGGGAGAAUUGCUUUUCGUCUCUGCAUGUGUUUCUGCAGACUAUCUUCAGGGCACAGCGAACAAUCAGACGGGUAUUUUCCCAGAAUCCUUUGUGAAGAUCAUAAAGCCCCUCCCAGAGGGUGAGUCGGAAGGCGACGGCGGGGACCACACCUACAGCUGUCUGCGCUGCCUCAUGCUCACCCCCACUGGAGUUGACACCAGAGACGUGUGUGUACAAGAGGACCUCACCAUCCAGCCAACAUACAAGGACUUACUGUCUCGUAUGAGAAACGUCUUCGAGAAGGACAACAUUGCCCUGAACUAUCGUGACCCCGAAGGCGACCUCAUCCGCAUCCUCGACGACGAGGACAUCCAGCUGAUGAUCAAGGAGAGCAGAGGUCAGCAGGGCAAAGUCAAGAGACCUGUCAAUCAGUUUCCGUGGGAGCUGCAUGUGACCUUGGCCUCUGACCUUUCUGUUUACAACACCGAGGCCUGAGAGAGAAGUACAGAGUUGAUUUUAAGGGAAGUAGAGAAGAUAUUUAGUAUGCUUUUAUGAAAACGACGAACUUGACCAUGUGAAUUAUGUUGGCGAUAUUGCCUGUGUGUGGUUUGUCUUUCCCUGUCAUUCGCAGCUCCAUUCGUGCCAACGGGUUCACCGCUGUGUCAGUUAGUGGCCGAUACAUUUCACUUAGUAAUAAAAUACUUUAAUAACAUCGUUACAUUUUGCAUGCUUUCGUUAUGUCGUUGUUGGGAGUUGUUGCUAUCAGUUGCUGUACACGCAGAGCAGCACACAGCCUGGUAGAUGCAAUGUUAGUCUGGGAGCCUCAGCUCAGGGUAAAGAAAACAGCGGGAGUACAGAAAAUUUCCUGUGUAAAUUAAGAGGUGAGCUGACUCUUGAGGCUAAAUUUCU